AUGCCCGUCCCGGUGCCGGAGGACGCUUCCUGCUACGGUUCCAUGGGGAACUCAUGGAACCGGCUACGAUCCUCCUCAAGCGCUCCAGCCGUCCUGCGUCCAGUUUUCGCCGGCGAACCGUACGACGUCGUCCCCUUGGUCCCGAGCGUGCCCCGGGUGGUAGUCGACGCCCCGAUCUCCAAGGCUCUGGCCAAGCUGUGGGCGCUGACGGGGCGGCCGCCGUCGUGGGCGUACGUGCACGCCGGCGACGAGCUCGUGCUCGACGUGAGGAAGUCCCCGUUCCUGAAGCACGCGUGCGACGUGCUGGGGUUCCAAAACCUGGACUCGUGCCUGCACCUGCUCGACGGCCGCGAGGGCGCCGCCGCCGCGUUCCGGCCCGGCGCGCGCUGGGACCUGGCGCUGGUGAACAACUCCGGCAUGCUACGCGACGAGGCGCGCAUCCCGGCAUGGUGGCACUUGCCGGCGAACAAGGGGCUCGUGCGCGACGCGCUGGGCUGGUGGGUGGUGGCAGAGCGGGAGCACGACGACCUGCCGGUGCCGGACGACCGGUUGCCUCUGUCAGAGCUUGACUGA